UCCAACAGCCCAUCAAGAUGUACAAAGUUGCUUGUUUGGUUUUGGCCCUGUUCGCAGUCGCCUACGCGGUUCCCUCGGCUUAUGAUACCGAGCACGUGUGGAAGGCUGGAAACCUGUCGUACGUUAUCCCCGAUAAUGCUGUUUUGGGUGGCUUUGAUCCCUACGGUUUCAACACAUAUGUGGGUCGUGUGAAGUACAUCAAUGAUAUCCUGCCCGCCCGCGUUAUUGCGGAAACUGGUGUGGCUCACUUCAACACCCCGACCAUCUCCUCAAAGCUCCUUGUAUACGACAUCCUGGUGGCAGAUCGCAAUGUGAAGUACGUGUGGGUAAGGAGUUUCGAUGGGUUCUACGAAAAGGGAGCCGUGGCCGUUGGCACUACGGUCAAAAAUGAGCGCGUUUUCUGCUGCCGAGCCAAGACCGAUGGAGGUGUCCUGAUCGGCACCCUUCUUCUCAGCGAGAAGCUCUGCAUCAUCAAGCACGAGACCUUGGCCCUGCGGAAGUUCGACAAAUAUGAGGUCUUGGUGGCCCAGCCGGUUAAUGGAACCAUCUACUAGAUUCACAUAUUAAUUGAAAUCUCUAGUAAAAAAGAGAGAAAUAUUUCUGGACUGCUAAUAAAAAAAUUAAUGAAUCAAAA